AUGUCUGAAAAGGAGCUGAACAUCGACAAUGAACAGAUUAGCUUUAAUGUAGAUCCGGAGGAACUUCAGACUUUCGGUAACGAGCAAACUCCUGAGCAGAAGAAAGACAGAGAAAAUUUUGAAGAUGAAGGUUUCAAUGUAGAUCGUAAAAGAGUAAAGAAAACUAGAACCCAAGGCCUUUCCAUGUCAGAUAUCCCUAAUAAUGUCUUCCAAGGAGACCAAAUCAAUUCUUUCAAGCAAGACAGUGAUGCAGAAGAGCAUAAGGAAACCAUCAAUUUUGGAUUUGGAAGUAGCACAAAAAUUAAUCCAGAAGAGAAAGAAGUGGAUGCAGGUGAAGGUGUCCAACCGAUCACAGAUAUUGACCAUGAUUUCUUAAAUAACCUUCUUUCCAACCCAGCAGCAAACCAUGAUAACUUAUAUGGGGAAGAAAAUAACAAUGAUGUGCAGUAUAUAGUUUCGCCAUUGAAAGAUUCAACUUAUGAACCAUUGUAUACACAUUCUCCAGAGCAAAAGGUCCCAUUAGACGAGAUGAAAAAUAACACUUGAGAAUUCAAAGAUGCACUUAAGAGCGAUCAGCAAAUCAGUGCGAGAGGUGUAGAAAUAGCAGGUCUCACAGAGAGGGUCAACUACAAUCCUGGGCUCAACCAGAGAAAUUCCCAUCUUCAGAUCCCAAACAACAGCGGGUUAAUCACAAGACCGAAAAAUAACGAAAAUGGAUUUUACACACAAAGAUACACUACUAAAAGUGAUUCCUCAUGGAUGCCACAUUUGUCAAAAUACGAACAUGAAGAAGAGACAGAGCUCGAUCGCCAUAUGCUAGACAACGUGGCUCUCUCCACUAGUAGAAUGUCCUACCUAAAAUCAGUAAGAGGUGCUAACAACACUCGUGAAGAGAUCAAACAGUAUAUUGAUGUAGACCCAAAGAAGAUCUCUGCCAUCCUCGAAGGAGAGAAGCCCCAACUAGCAUCUCUCAAAGAGAGAUGCGAUGCCCUCAAGAAGGCCUUUGAGGACGAGAAUGACUUCUACAAGAAAUGCUUCGGUGCUAAAAUUGACAUGGAAAGACGAGGUAAAGAGUGUGAGUCCAAAAUCGACCAGCUCUUUGAUGAUUUCAAAUCCACAAAUGAAAAACUCGAGAGACUUACGUAUGAAAUCCAAACCAAGGAGGAAAAUUGCUUAAAAAUGAAGGAAGAACUGGAUAUCUUGAUUGAAAAAUUCAUGAAAGAUUCAGCUCAAUGGAGGGAAGCUAUUUCAAAAGACCAGAAAAGACACAAUGACUUGACUGCAGAAAUUCAUGAAAUCGAGGAUAAAAUUAAAGCUAAAAAUGCUGAAUACGACUUACUCGAGCAAAGCGCUUUAAAAAACCAAAGAAGCAACAGAUUGAUUUUCAUGAAAGAUGAGGCUAAUAUUGAGAGAGAGCAGCUGCACCGGAAAGAAAUAGAAAUCAGCAUCAAAGAGGCCCAACACAAGAUGAAUGACUUAUAUGAUGAGCUUAGAAGAGUCAAAGAGAGGAAGAAGAAUCAGAGAAUCUCAGAUAUUGAGAAUAAAAUCUGAAUUGAGUUAUACAGAAUCUUCCUUGAUUCCAACCUGAACGAGGACAUCAGCAUUGACCAAGGCAUCAGUAGUUUGCUUUACGGUAUUGAAAAGGUGCUCAUUAAGACAAAUCAAGCUGAGAAGGAGAUUAAGGAACUUCAAGCUCAAAGAAAUGAGCUAAAGAAGAAAGCGAACUCAAGUUCACUUGGAAGUAAAGCAAAGCUAUCUUCCCAGUUUCAGAGUGAAAUGUCCAAGCUGUCCUGGAUUUCUAACAUUCAGGUUGUUCUGAUCCUUGGCAUACUGACUGCCAUUGCAAUGUUGUUGAUAAAAUAAUUAGAAAUGACUUCAGUUAA